AUGAGCGAUGAACGGGGCCUGAAGUCCCUCCGGGCAGGGGCUAAGAGGAAAACUGUCCGACCGACUAUCAGCAACCCGCGACCCGUCAAUGAGCCCAACAAGAAUGUUGAUGUCCCCAGAGGCAGAGACGGUCCCCCCGAUGGACCUCCGGCGGCUCGUCAGCGUCCGCCUCUGGCAAGUGGGAAAACCUCAGAUCUCGUAAAGCGCCGUUUCUCUACUCGCUUCAAUGACUUGCCUACCGACGGCUUUGCACCGCCAAUGCCGGCUCUCCCGUCGUUUGAUUCAUACGAAGCAGCCAGUAGCAGAGAUCGGGAGAUGAGAGGUGCACCGCCCUCACGGGGUGCGAGUGCUCCCCUCACGAUCGACCGCAGGGUUUUGGGUGACCCAAAUCUCAGUGCCGAACAGUACGUGGCCAAGAUCCUGAGCGACGCCACAGAAGAUGAGAUUCGUGAAUUCGAGGAGUCGCUGCGGGGGUUGAAGGACGGUACGUCUCAACGCCUUCAGGCCAACGUGCUCCAGAACCGGACUCAGUUCAUCAAGAUCAGCAAGGAGGCCGAGAAGCUCAAGGGAGAAAUGCGUGCGCUGAAGAAUCUGAUGUCGGAGCUCAAGGCUAAUACCACCGCGCUCCGAUCUGCUUCUUCGGCCAACGGACGCAACGGUGACUCGUCGGACCCCAGUGGUGGCUUCUCUACUGGCCUCAGCAAGCGUGACAAGAGAAGCUCUGUGGCAGACCGUACAGCCCUUUGGAACUCGCAGAUGCAGGCAUUAUACAAGAACGUGGAGGGCUCCCAGAAGUUCUUGCCACACUCUUCGACCCGUCAUGUGUUGCAGAACGCCGGGCCAUGGAUUGAGCUCGACAAUGCAACCUACAAAUCCAGGCGGUCCAUCCAGAUCUUUCUCCUAAACGACCACCUUCUCAUCGCAUCAAGAAAGAAGCGCAAGGCCGACGUGUCUGGUGAUUUCAGGGGUCCGGAGAUGAAACUCGUUGCGGAUAGGUGCUGGCCGCUGCUUGAUAUCGAAGUUGUGGACAUGGCUGGAUCAGGCGAGACUUCGAGCGGCCGUAACAAGCUCGCCGAGGCAAUCAUGGUCAGGGGCGUCGGGCAAGAGACUCUUAUCUACCGUACCGAAAAGCCAGAUGGACCUGAGAAGGCGUCACUGCUCAUGAACAUUCGAAAAGCAGUCGAGGAAUUGCGAAGAGGGCUUCAGUCGGAAAUGGAUGCCAACAACAAGGCCAAAGAUACCAUCAACUACUUUGCAUCGCGAGAUCCUGGGCUUCUCCAGAAGACUGCACUUCUCGAGACGUUGUCUGAUAUCAAAGACAUGCUCAUUGAGGUGGAUGGCAAGCAGCAUAACUUACGUUGGGUCGAGAGUCAAAUGGAUGAGCUCGACAUUGACAUAGCACUGCAGCGUUUUGAUCCAGCUGUGCAGCGUGUGGAGAAGCUCAAGGGUCUUGCUCGAGGGUUGAAGAACAACGCGAUCGCGCAAGACUUCAUCGAGUUCAAGGUGGAGGAAAGGACGGCAAAGCUGGCGGCUAUAAUCUCGCGGGAGCUGGUUGACUCUCACGACAGCCCGCGCAAGACCAAGCGCAAUGUUGCUUGGCUGACGAAACUGGGAUUCGAAGAUCGCGCCCGCGAAGCGUACUUGGAGGCACGAAGCAACAUCAUCCAAAAGCGAUCAAGGCAAUGUAUUUUCCAAGGUGAUUUGUGGGUUUACAUUUGGGAGAUAUCGUUUGUAUAUUUCACUGUCAUCAAAAAUACCGUGGCCUGCUUCCAAAGCUGCUUUCCGCCCCCGAUGAUGAGCGUGUGCGUCAAGUGGGCCAAGGAAGAGGUGGAUGCCUUCAACGCGAUCCUCGCACGGCAGCUCAGCAGCACGGACAGAGACGGCGAGAUAUGGAGAAAGUGCGUGGACCAGGCCAAGAGUCAUGCCGACAUGUUGUCUGAAGUCGGACUCGACUUUCGAAACCUGGUAGGACGGGUACCGGAACCUGGGGUGACGAAGAAGGCCGCGUCGCAGGCGCCGGCGCUUGGCCUUGGCCUUUCUUAG